GUUUUCGUCCUGAUAAAAAUCAAAGUCCGCUGGUGCGACAGUGGCGCUCCAAGCGGAUGCCCGGCCCGAAUAGACAAUAAUAAUUAAUAAUAAAUUUAUUAUCUAUCGGAUGAAGAAUUUGAAACGCAGAAUAUAAUAUAGAAUAGUGUCGUUGACGAUACCAGUUAUCGCCUGAAACUAGAGUUACAUAAAACCUGAAUUGCGCAGUACAGUUGACUUUGUGAAAAACCGGAAAAAUUUGAGAAGAUGUCUGUUCCUUCUGGGAUGGCGAAGAACGGUGCCGACUCGGAAUUAGACUGGGUAUUAUUGCGUCAACAGCUAGACGAAGAAAGAGAAAAGGAUACAUUUGUGCCGCCUUACAAGAAAAGUUGGCUCGUGAAAUUAGGAGUGACUGCCACUGCUUUAUCGUUCGGUUACGCUUUGUUCAACAUGAACAAUUCUAAAAAAAUGAUCAGAGGAGCGAGUUCUCGUAUAAUGUUUCAAUUUUUAACCAUCGUAGUGUUCGGCGUGGGUUAUUACGACUAUACGAAAUCACCGGAAUACGCAGAAAGAAAGAACAAACGAUGGUAGUUAUGUAUUGUAGAUGCAUCGAAUCGUACUAAUGUAUUUGUGUACUUAAAUGUUCUCGGAUAAUCGUUUUAACAUAUUAUACGUGAUUAUCAAGACCAGUUGCAUCGUAAAAUCAUUAUAGAUAAAAGUUCGUGUCGUAGAUUUGACUUCUGAAAUUGAUGUUGGAUUCAAUUCCUCGCGGAGCCGGGUUACCAAUACCAUUACUCUAGACUCUAUAGUAUGACGGAUUCGCAAGAUGACUUCCGGUGCCAGUGGUUUUUUUAUGAAAAACGUUUUUGCGAACGCCCGACAUUUAUUUAACUGUAAGAUCCAAGAAAAAAGGAACUACGCUGUAGUAAUCGAAAGUUUCGAGUUCAAUUCCAAUUUCAACCCCCGGUGCAACUGGUCUUUAAUAUUAGUUACCCAAAGAAUAAGAAACAGCAUACGUCGGUAUGCCAGUCUAAAUAAUGCGUAUUUAAAUGACGCUCGCUUCUAUCACAAGCAACGAGUGUUGUUCAAGGAGGAAAUGUACAUAUUAAAAUCGUUGUAAUUUU